AAGGGUCUGUCGGGCUGUACGUGUCACGCAGUGGAGUGCCCACCUCCACCUUAGUUCCCGAGCCCAGCCGACGACAGCGCCGCCCAACGCCUCCACCAAGACGGCGCGGCGCCAUGGAUUUUUUCCCGGGUGACGUAUCCCAGACCGCCAUGAAACCACUGCUCCCUCUUCCGUGUCGCUCCCUCUCGCCCACCUCCGCUCCCGUUUCCUUUUCCUCCCCUUUUGAGCCGUUAUCCCCUUUAUUUUUUCCUCAUAUCCCUUGUUUCUUUCUCUGAGUCCCUUCUCCCUUCACCCUAUCCCUCAUAGAUAGUUUUAGCUGGAGACAAGAGAGAGAGAUAGAGGGGUUUGGUUGCAUGACGAUUGCUACGAAGCUGUUCUACCACUGGAGGUCUCGGACGGGCCGUACCUCGGAGCCGGAGCCAGGGCUGGACGCGACUCUCCGCCUUCCUCGUGGUCGUCGCAGCAACGGCGGCCAUCAACCCCGUGAGGAUGGUGCGCGGCGUUCCCACCCGGGGACUCACCAUGGCAGGCACCAACGCGCCUCCCCGACAUUACAUGAACAGAUUUGGUCGGACCAUAGAGGCACGAGUGAAUUUGAGGUAGGUAACCGCAGCAGUGGUGGGAUACAGAGUUGCAGAGACAGUGGGCCGAGACGAACCAGAGAUGAGUCAGAUGAUCGACUUCCUGGUGCUGUGGUACAGGCACGGGCAAGGCUUCUUGAAAAACUGCGGAGUGUUGAUGUUACAGGAAGCAGGCAAAGCACCUCAUCUUCAGGCAUCUCCCUGAAUGAACGUUCAUGUAGUGAUGACUUGAGCGUCAUCGUCUCUGGGGAUUGGGCAGCCAAAAUUCAAAGGGAAUGCUCUGAAUCCGGGAUACCCCUUGCUGUGCUUACACUUCGAAGAGAUCGAGCACCUUCUUUCUGUGAUACGAGCAGGAAGCCCCCUGGACUUAGCUGCGACAAACUUGGGCUACAACGAGAAGUUUUCAGAUGUGCAGAAGAAGGUGGAGUUGCAAAAGCAUCCUUUGAGUGCUGUAUAUGUCUGGAGAGGUUUCUGGAGGGGGAUGAACUGAUACGGCUGCAGUGUGGGCAUAGAUUCCAUCCAAGUUGUUUAGAGCCAUGGCUGCCGACCCAUCAUGAUUGCCCUUACUGUCGAUCAAGCAUCACCUCUUGAUUAUGGAGCAAGAGGGAAUGGACCUUCAAUGAAAUGUUAUUUUAUAUUGGAACAUUAGUGUCUUUAUAACCAUAGAUGAGGAGAUGCAAAUUUGUACUAGGUUUUCCAAUACUCGAAAUGCUGUGGCAUGUGUAAUAUAGAACUAAUGAAAAAUUAUAUGGUUGAUGUAUAAGGUGUUUGUGUGCCCUGAUAUGUUACACAGAUCCUAUAACAGCAUCAGAAUUGCGUGGUAAGCUGAGAAAGACGUCUGAUACAACCUUUGUGUUUA